AUGUUGCAACCAGAUCGUGUCUCCAACAAAGGAUUUGCGCAAACUGAGACUGCGAAAACGCAUCAAACCGAGAGUGCCCGAUUUGAGCAAACGGAGGCUGCGAGUCGCUUCGCCUUCGUUCGUUUUUCUCCUCACCGGUCUGGACAUUUCUCAGAGACAAAUCGUCACGCACGUCUGCACGCACUCCUCGUGACGCACUGCAUCGCCAGCACGACGAUGGAUGAAGACGGCGACUACACCACAAACCGAACCGUGAAAUACCUUUUAUCCAUCCUUACCCACAAACCCAUCGUUUCCUUUGACUGGAUCACCGAGAUUGACACGGUUAUCAAUUCUUGCAUAGCAAAAGACCAACAAACCAAACAUAGCGACAUCGUCACCACAUUCGUUUCGGUGGAGCAGUUCCCUUCCUGGAAACCAUUCACGGUGAAAGGCGAUUAUCAGAUGUCUCAUUGUACGAAAGGAGGACCCGAUCGGUCCUGGUCCUCGCCCAAGAACUUAUUUGAUGGGUUUCUCUUUGUGCUACUCGGCGAUUUUGAUCCGCCCUGUCCUCAAAAGGAUGAAAUCAUGCAUCUGCUGCAAGCAGGUGGAGGGAACAUUGUACAGGACCCGGAGACUCGGGAGAAGCAUUUCAAAGAGCAGAACUGUGAUAAAGAAGUGGUUUGGAUCGCGGAUCGAAAGACUCGCAGACGUCCAAGACAUGCGGAUCAAGUUGUGUACUAUAAAUGGGUUCUGGAUUCGAUAAGCGGUUUCCAGCUUCUUCCAUUCCGUUUUUACCUUUUGUGA